AUGGCGCAGGCCAUGUACGGCGACUGGGCGCAACAGAUCGUGGUGCAGCUCUCCGUCUUCCAAGCCAUCGUCUGGAUCAUGCUCCUCCUAUUCGCGCUCGAGGUCAGGAAGGCCGCCCUCGGGACGAUGGAGAUGCAAGUGUUCAAACAAAAACUAGCAAGCACACGCAUCGGUUCUGGAGCAUUUGAAUCGAACGGUGACUACGCAGCGAUUUGGGGGUACAGAGAGAAGCAAAUGGUUGCUCGUUUGAAUUCGCUGGAUCGUGAAAUGACAAAUGAUGACUCAAGAUUCACAUCUGAGGCUAGACAAAUGAAUGAUGAGUUGGAGAAAAAGAAGAAUAGUUUGAUUUCUGUUGAAAUGCAGGCUGAUGAUUUUUUUAAGACAUCGGAGAAGAAGCUCCAAGAUGCAAGACUCAAAGCUGAUGAAGAAACUCAGGCGGCUGCUAAUAAGCUGCAGGAGCUUGUUUAUUCCAUGGCUGAACAUAAAGAGUUCAUGGGAACAAUAAUUGCUCAGAGGAGGAAGGACCUCCAUGAAGCUGAAGAUUAUAUAGCUUCUUUGGCAUCUAGGUAA